UGCUCCCGCAGUGACCGGACCGCACGUUACUACUACUACUGGCACCUGCGGAAGCAGGUGCUGCAUUCCCAGUGUGUCCUGCGGGAAGAGGCCUAUUUCCUGCUCACCGCCUUCGCCCUCCAAGCCGACCUGGGAGACUUCAAGCGCAACAAGCACUACGGGAAGUACUUCGAACCCGAGGCCUAUUUCCCCGCCUGGGUGGUUGCAAAGAGGGGCAAGGACUACAUCCUGAAGCACGUCCCCAACAUGCACAAGGACCAGUUUGCCCUGACGGCCUCCGAAGCCCAUCUCAAGUACAUCAAGGAGGCCGUCCGGCUCGACGACGUGGCCGUGCACUACUACAGGCUCUACAAGGACAAAAGGGAAGUGGAGGCCUCCCUGACUCUGGGGCUGACAACACGGGGCAUCCAGAUCUUCCAGAACUUGGAUGAAGAAAAGCAGCUGCUCUACGACUUCCCGUGGACAAACGUGGGGAAACUGGUUUUUGUGGGCAAGAAGUUCGAGAUCCUGCCUGACGGGCUGCCCUCUGCCAGGAAGCUCAUUUACUACACGGGGUGCCCGCUGCGCUCCCGGCACCUGCUGCAGCUGCUGAGCAGCAGCCACCGGCUCUACAUGAACCUGCAGCCCGUCCUGCGCCAGGUCCGGCGCCUGGAGGAGAACGAGGAGAAGAAGCAGUACCGGGAAUCCUACAUCAGCGACACCCUCGACCUGGACAUGGAGCAGCUGGAGAAGCGCUCCCGCGCCAGCGGCAGCAGCGCCGGCAGCAUCCGGCACAAGCGGCUCUCCCGGCACUCCACUGCCAGCCACAGCAGCUCCCACACCUCUGGCAUCGAGGCCGACCCCAAGCCCAGGGAGAUGGGGCCCGACGAUGGCUUCUCCGGCGCCGGUGCCCACCGCAAGCUGAAGACCUGCAGCUCCAUGACCAGCCACGGCAGCUCCCACACCUCCGGCGUGGAGAGCGGCGGGAAGGACCGGCUGGAGGAGGACUCCCAGGACGACGAAAUAGAGAUGCUGGUGGAUGACCCCCGGGAGCUGGAGCAGGCUGGAGACAUGGAGGUGAGCCCCGACAUGUGCGUCUACAUCACCGAGGACAUGCUGCUGUCCCGCAAGUUCAACGGGCACUCGGGACUUAUCGUGAAGGAGAUCAGCUCCUCCACCUCCAGCUCCUCGGAGACGGUGGUGAAGCUGCGGGGGCAGAGCACGGACUCCCUGCCCCAGACGUCGUGCAGGAAACCGAAGACGUCGACGGACCGGCACAGCCUGAGCCUGGACGACAUCCGGCUCUACCAGAAGGACUUCCUGCAGCUGGCCAACCUGUGCCAGGACACGGCGCAGAGCUACACCUUCGGCUGCGCCCACGGGCUGGACGAGGACGGGCUCUACUGCAACGGCUGCCUGGCCCAGCAGUGCAUCAACAUCCAGGAGAGCUUCCCCGUCAAAAGAACCAGCAAAUACUUCUCCUUGGACCUCACCCACGACGAAGUCCCCGAGUUCGUGGUCUGAGCGCCUCGGCGGGAGGUUGGGGGCAGGACCGAGGCUG